UAGUAAUAUUUUGUGUAGAAUUUAAUAUUCAAAUACUUGGGUAGUUUCUUCAUACUACUGAAAUAUUUGUCGCUCGUUCGAAUAGCAAACUACUCGAAUAGAGCCAGCCCCAAGACGGAUAGGUCUACGAGACUUUUACUGCAGCUGUUUGGAGAUGUUACGAGGGUUGCCGUGCGCGAAUCCUCUGGAGCUGAAAACUAGCUCAGUGUUACACGCGUCGCGCGUUUCUAGGCGAAGUGCCGUCGUAAAAGUAGUUACCCGAAAAAUUAGAGACACCAAAAGGAAUUUGGUAGCGCGCCAGGAUUAAUUAUCGAGAAACAUUAUCGCCGAGACGGAAAAAUUCGCGGACAUUUAGCCUGGGCGGGGUGGAAUAUUGCGCUCGGUCUGUUUAAUGGCGAAAUAAUGCAACCUUUUGUUACGGGGUUAUUAUCGUGAUUGAGGAAGCGACGCGUUAGCUACUUUACUCCUCUGGUUUUUAAUUACACGCUGUAACGAAGCGGUGGAUGUGGUAGAAUGAAAGGCAACAGUCAUCGCCCGCCUCAAGGCGAUCUUUUGGGAGCUUGCGACGAUACGUGGAUCUGGCAUGAACAAGAUGGACCUAGUGUUCGAGGAAGGGGUGGAUAAAGGAUGCUGACGUUUUAUCGAGACAGGCGGAAUCUACCUCCGAGAGGAGAGGAUUCCUUAGUCGUGGAACAAAGCCAACAUGGUCGCAUUAUCAGAUAAACGGCCAGUGACGAUCCACGGAUUCCUUGUCGCGGACACCAUGGAUUUCUCUACUCUGGACGCGAUGUCCAUGCCAUGCUCAUCUGUGAGGGAUAACGCGGAUCACGCGAGGAGAGAGUCCGAAUGCAACGAAACGAUAAGCAGGAGAACGAGGAUCACGGGGCGAUCGACUUCGCCAAUAAUCUGGGUCUCGUUACUACUGACGCUGGGAACGAGGACAACGUCCGCCGCGAACAUGACGAACGUGUCACCCUUGGCUUCCACGGUGAGACCGAUCACGACCACGGAAGUAGUUUAUCAGCGAUUCGCGAUCGAGCCGAUGGAUCAAACCGCGGUGAUUGGUAGCCGAGUCACGCUUCCUUGCCGAGUCCUUGAUCAGAAGGGACCCGUUCAGUGGACAAAGGACGACUUCGGAUUGGGAGCCGUCAGGAAUCUCACGGGAUACGAGCGAUACGCCAUGAUCGGCAGCGACGAGGAAGGUGACUUCUCGUUGCACAUAUACCCAGUCGAGCUGGAAGACGACGGCACGUACCAAUGCCAAGCCUCGCCCACGAACGACGGCCAACCAGCGUUGCGCUCGAGGUUCGCCAAGCUGAGCGUCCUUGUGCCGCCUCAGAAACCGAAGAUCCUUCAAGGCGAUUUCCUUAUCACCACCGAAGACCGGGAAUUGGUGAUCGAGUGCGUCAGCGUCGCUGGCAAGCCGCCUGCAGAGAUCACGUGGAUCGACGGGCUGGGAAAUGUGCUGCACAAGGGAAUAGAGACGACGAAGGAAUUAUUCGACGGCGGUCCCCUGUACACCGUGAAAUCCGUCCUGAAGGUGAUGCCGCGGAAGGACCACGACAACACGACAUUCACGUGCCAAAGUCAGAACGCGGCCGACCGCACGCCGCAGAACGCCAAGCUGCGCGUCGAGGUUCGCUACGCGCCGAAUGUGUCUCUGACGAUCCGCUCGGGCCAGCGCAAAGACGACCCCAUCGUCGAGGGAAGCGAGCUCCGGUUCAAAUGUCUCGUCAAGGCCAAUCCGCCCGACGUGGAGUACAGGUGGUUUAUCAACGAGAAGAAAGUCAUCGGAGACUACACCAAGGAGAUGAUUAUCCACAACGCGACCCGCGAUCUUCACGACUCGAUCGUAAAGUGCGAGGUCCACAACGACGUUGGCAGGAGCGAGGACACAGAGACCCUAGUCAUAACGUACGGGCCGCAGUUUCGCCAUCCACCAGUCUCCGUGCAGACGCAGUACGGGGCGACGGAGAUCUUGCAGUGCGACGUCGACGGGAACCCUAGCCCAGAGAUAAGGUGGUACCACGAGGACUCGGAGCGACAGGUCGCCACUACGGCGAACAUAAGCGUGGUGGUGAAUCACGAGACUGCCGGACGGUACUUCUGCAAAGCUCGCGUGCCCGGCUUCCCCGAGCUGACGGGCUACGCCAACAUCUACAUCCGGGCGCCGCCGAGCAUCGUGUCGCAGAGGGUUCAAUACGUGCCCGACGAGGGGGUCGUCAAGGUGAAGUGUACCGCGAUAUCUGUGCCAAAAGCGGACUCGGUGGUAUGGAGCUUCGCCGGUCGCGAGCUCAAUUUCUCGUCGAACAAUACGCCUUUCGACGUGCAAGAGGAAUACACCGGCGAGAGGGUCGUCAGCACUGUCACGCUGCUCGAUCCUAUAUCCGCGUACUUUGGGGAUUACAACUGCACGGUCACGAAUAGCUUCGGCACGGAUUCCGUCAUAAUCAAGCUGACGGCACACAUCGAUUGGCAGCUGAUUCUCAUCAUCGGCGGAUUGGUCGUCUGUGUGAUCCUGAUCGGAGUGAUCAUUAUACUCAUUCUGCAGUGCCGUGACCGCAUCAAACAACCGCGGCCGAGGACUGCCCAGACCCAGGAGACUGAUAUGCAAGAAACAGAUUCGAACGCGGAUCGAUAUCGAGAGAGUGACAGAAGCAGCAACCUUUCGGAUGUCAAAGCGGAUAUACGAGCAGGAUCGAGUGUCAGCAACGCAGAAAGCGUGACAGCACUCGACAGCGAGGGCGAAGGCAGCACGAGAGGCGUGAAUGCAUUGGCGCUGGCUGGUCCCGUACCGAACCCUCUGGGUUAUCGUUACAGCGCCGACUACACGGAACCUUCGUUCCCGCCGAAAAAUAAUGACGGCAGUAACAAUAACGGUUACGUGCCGUACGUCGACUACACCCGCGAUUACAUGCCGCCCACGACGCAAGGAGUGGGAGCGUCGCGAGAAUCCUUAAGCAGGAUACCAUCGGGCGGCAUACUCGCCUCAAAGAAGAUCGGUCUGAGUUCCGCGAAUUUGGGCACUCCGACGUCGCAAACGACACCCGCGAUCGACCCACGUUUCUCCGCGACGUACGGAAACCCCUACCUCAGAAUGUCAGCGGCGGAGCAGCUGAGACACGCGCCGCACGCGGCGGUGCCGGGAGUAACGCCAGCACCACCACCCUACACGCAAGCAAUGAGAAUGAAUAGCUUGAAUACCUUGAACGGCGCUGGACCGCAGGCACCCCUGUCAGCGCAUUACAUCACGGGAGGACCGAACGGUGGCGUCGCGACGGUGAAACGCACGUCGGCGGUCGGGACGUUAGCGACGCACGUAUGAGGCCAGGGGGUCUAUCCGAACUAGAACCGUCGACGUUCGGGCCUAAUUAGCACCGCCUUCGGACAUCGCAGAGCCCUCGAGGAGACUCACCGCUCGGGUUCGAGCACGAACACGCCGAGACCACGCGAGACGUUCUUCGUGGACACGCUGGGGAGGAGCAGUCGCUAUCGAAAUCGACAGGGCGUUGAUUUGGAGCAUCGUCACGCCACACGACGAGAAUUAACGAUCGCUCGCGCGCCAGAGGUCGAACAUUUGCUAGAGGAAUCGAGACUGACAAGCGAGAUCGACGGAAAGAAGCUUCGAGCCAAGGGACGAGCGCAACGAACGACGGAGAACGGCGAAACGCUCAAGUACAUCGAGCUGGUGCUUCGUCAGCUGCGAAGAGCCAGUAGGGACCACCGGCAGCUGGUGGAGCAGCGUCAUCGAGUCGACGCGGCGCAACCGGUUCUCCAGUCGUCGUCGACGGACCCCCAUUCCUGGAGCUUCCCGACUUCCUACGCGCAAAGCAUUGCCGAAGACCAACUCGAUUCCUGGCGGACACCGAGAACGACAUCCAGAAUGCGAAGAUUUCGAACGACGGAGAAGCCACGGGAACUCGCCCAGUACUCCGAUUUGGACGUUGCGACGAAACUGUUGGCGAAGAGGAAGACCUACGCGACGAGUGUCGACGUUCUGGAGACCAUGGUCGACAGCCGCGAUCAAACGAGCACGACGAGCCGACAGGGUUUACGAUAUGUCCCCGCGUACGAAGGAAUUGACACAGCGGUUAUUCAAUGAAGCUGCGCCUCGACGGCCGAGCCCCGACCCCGACGCACAAGGUAGACGUCUCGAGCAUCGACUCGCAAAAAAAGAAACACGCUCGUCGCACCUGUCAGCUGUCCGUUAAAGGAAGAUCGGUCAGUGAUUUGACGAGGACUCGUAACUCCUGACUGACUUCUAGGAAUGGUACGCGCAGGAAUGGAUAUCGAGCCAAGCAGCAACGGUUACCGGUCGAGUUCAUCCGAGAGAACAGCGAGGAAUUCCAUUUAAGAAAACCGAACGGGAGUAACAAGAUUUUCUCGUUGCUUCAUCGACUCCCGAGGACAGUAUUUUUUCUCCCCGUCUGGGGCUUAACAGAAGGAAAUGGCGUCAUCAUGAAAGUCAAUGCAACACGCUCGUCAACAGCGCGAUGGAAACCGAUGAAUCGACUCGGCGUGACAAACGACCGACGUGGAUCGAAAGGUAGUGUUCGAAGGUUCGCGGGGGAACGAAGGACGGUGGUUAGGUUCGCAGAUCGAAGGAGCUCUUCGGAACGAGAACAGACCACUCGGUAUCGACAAUCUUUUUAUUCGCAUAAUUUAGAUCUCGAUAAGCAUUUAACGUACGUUCGGUGUAACGUGAACACGCGGGAAUACGAAUCCCGUCGCGGAUCGCCGUGGUCGUAGUAGCAGUCUGCUUAAGAAAGAGGCGCGCGCUAGUGUCGCGAUCGUACGGAUCGGACACCGGUGGACGGUGCUGCGAUGACGAUGAAAAAGACAAGUGGCGGGUGUCUCGCGCUUUUUCGAAUAUGUGAUAUGCAGACGGAGCCAGACCGGGCAACGUCUCAGCUGCUACUACGACGUCACUGUGUGCGCGCUGCCUUUUUUUAUUUGUAGGGAAAACAAAAAGUUAAUAGAUCUCGCGCGGUAAUCGCGCGCAAGCGCACUAAAACGAGAACUAAGGGGCAUUCCGCUGGAUCCCAGGGACUCGCUCGACGAGACCUGUCGCGAUCCAGCGUCCCCUCCGGCCUGAGAAUCCGGUUACGAGCGAACGCGCGUUUGUAAUCGCGAGCGACGCGUUCGACCCAGGCCGAACAUUGUAAAAUAGAUAGCUAAAAUGAUUAGGUAUACAUACGUAUGUAUAUAGAUAUAUGUAUAUUUACAUAUGCGUAUAUGUGUGUAUACUGGGUGCCUCGGAAAUCGUGUUUCAAGGGGAUGGUUCCUCGUGGAACGAUAAACAGAGAAUUUUCGAUUUAUUUUUGCGCGACCAAUCGCGUCUUCUUCGAUGAUGCUACGAUUCCCACUGCACCACGUAUAUAUAUAUAUGUGUGUGUGUGUAUAUGUGUACGUAUAUGUAUAUAUAUUAUACACCUGUUGUCAAUAUGAACAUAGGGCCUAUAGUUUGGUGGCGCUACGAGAGCAAAACUCUAUUGAAAUAAGCUCGUUCGCGAGUGGAACGGCUUCCUGUAAAUAAUACAUAACGAUAUUACUAAAUAAAAACUAAAAAAAUGAACUAUCGAAGGGGAGGGAUGCGACGUCUUAGAUGAAAGUCGUCGCGCGCGUCUCGUAUCGAAGAGAAAAGAACCGAGCGAGCGCGACUUUAUUAGAGGAAAGAAGUGUCGCGAGGUCUCCGCUUGAUUACGCUCGUUAAUUAAAUUAUUCUGGUUUCUCCUCGGAAGUAUAUUUAUAUGUCGGUUCGUUUUUUCCCUUCGUUUGCGACGUCUCCGUAGAUCAUGGACGAGGGACGCGACGUUUCCUCGUCGAUGGCCUGUGGGAACGAUCGCGAGGUUCAAAUGGGCGCGACGAAGAGAAAACGAAAACGACACAUCGCGACGGUGUACAGCGAGGUUAAAAUACCAUUGAUUACGAUAACGAAACAGGGUAGCCUAUCAAUUAUUAAAAAUGAUUCCGAAGGAGAAGGCUGCACAGCACGGACUGGCCCCUCAUACUCGCGUCGGUGAUCAGCGGAAACGUCGAUGAAAAUGUGAAAAGCUCGAGCGAACGUGUCAGUGGCGACGAACGGCAUCGAACGGGAACGUUCGAUUUGCCAGGUGAACGAAUCUACGUUUGUAUUGUCAGAUGAUAUCUUUAUAUUGUGACGUCUGUAACAUAAUUUCUGUACAUAACUGGAAUUAUUGCUCACCGUAUCUCGUAAGAUUUAGUUAGUUUUAUAACUGUGAAGAGAGAAAAAAAGAACAAAAAACACUAUUGUGCAUAUCCGACUAUACGCCAGGAACAUCGAGGCGGACAGUUCCCCUCGCAAGGGCGGAGGGUUCCAUCGGUCGUCGAAGAUCGAAAAAGAAAAAAUCAGUAUUCGUAACGAUACUUCCUUCCUAUUGAGGACUCGUUCUCACAUUCCGCGAUCUACCGCGCACGCGCGCGGUUCGAUCGUUUAGAAACGAUCAGUUCCUUUGCUCGCGAUCGGAACGUCGCGUCGAGGAGAACGUGGACUGACUCGUACGAUGGAUUAUACAUCGUAGUAUUAUCGUUCUGGAAAUCGUCUUCGACUUUACGCAUCGUUCGAUUCAGCGUUGCCUCGACGGACGUCGACCAGCCUCGACGACGUAAUCGGAGACGAGCGAAAUUUUCUUCUAGAGAUGAAGGACUUUUUUUUUUUAAAGAAAAACUGUAGUAAAGAAUGUCUGAAUACAUACACGUGUACGAAAUACAUAAAACGAUGUCAGGCACAACCGUGUGUCUAUCAGCGUUGGGCAAAUUGCAAUUAAUCAAUGCGAUUAUCGAGUUGUCGGGGAUCGUGAUUAAUGAUUAACGUAUAAUCAAACUCAAUUAGGUCUGGAAGGUUACCAAUUACCGAUUCAUGAUUUCAAAUUACGAAUAUAAUUUAUGACUGUCGAUUGAUCCGACGUAUCUAAGCGAUCGCUACAAAACCGAUCACCGGCCAACUCUGGGAAUAUUCCAUUUUAUUCGUCGUUCGUAAUACGAAAAUUCUGCUCGUCUCUGAACGGGAACCCUCGUUUAAAAUCACGGGAACUGUCCGCCGUGAAGUCCGGCUUAUUGUACAUCAAUCACUCCUGUACAAUGUUCAUGCUGAUGUUAACUAUUUAAAGGCGAGAGAGUGAGAAAGAUUUUCCAGACUUUCGUCCGAAGCGCGCAAACGAUACUGUUGGUGGGCGUGCGCGCGCGCCACCGGCGCGAGUUCGAUUUUCGCGUUACGCGCGCGGACACGCACACGCUCCCAUACAUGUAACAUGUAAAUGUGUAAUUUGCUUGGUGGAAUUCCGAACUGUACAGAUUCGAGAAAGGGGAGAUACGAACACACAUACACAUAAAACAUCGGGAGCCGAGAGAAAUGCCUUUGAGCGGUACGCUUGGUUCAAAUGAUUCUGUCCGCACUAUCCGGAGGUCUCCGUUUAUUAACCCUUGGAAUUUAAACGCGAUUACCAAUGGUGUACAGUGUAAAAUAAAUUGGCAAAGGUCAUUGCAUUGUUUCACAUGUAUACAUAGCACUCAUGGGCGAAUCACACUAUUCAUCAUGUAGUUGUUUAUUUUAUAUCGUGCCUCCUUUUGAAAACGUUAUCAGAGGCUUCAUACAAAUGGACGAAAUUAUUUGAAGUGCUCGUACCUCUCAGAAAGAUUCUUCUUGGCUACGAGUGGUACACAUACUCCUGUUCACCUGGAGUCGUAAUCGAGGAAACGGUUACGCGUGGACGCAACGUUCACGAGCGGCGCCAGGUCAUGCCGACAGAGAUCUUCUACGUACAGACACAUGAUUUCUAUUAUAAAGAUGUAGGUUAACGAAGUAUUCUGCGGGAAGUAAUUACAAUCAAUGUACCGGAUGGUCCGCGGCGAUGUUAAAAUUAGAAAAGUUUAUGUCGUUUGAAUCUUAGGAAUUUACGCCUUCUUGCCGCGGGGCCAUUCUAUACAUAUUAAUUGGUUAUCUGUCAAUUAUUAAUUAAAUUAUAUCGAUUUCUUCGCCUUUAGUCAAGGAAAGGAACGGGAGCCGACGCGGGCGUUCCCUCCUCGAGCGACGUCGAGCUUCCGCGCGACGCUUCUCUUCGUCUUGUCCAAGGAAGCUCGCCGGGAGGAAGUAUACAUAAUGUAAUAUCUUCGAAUAGUUUAUUUUUCUAUAGUGCAAUCAUUUCCUUUCGUGCAAUUCCCGAGAUCGUUGUUUUCAUUGAAAGUUUAUCACGCGCGACUCGCGCCCGACGGCUCGACGAGGAAACGCGGCGCACGGCUCUGGUCGCGCUGUGUCGUAAAAACGCGAAAUUAUUAGGCAAUCUAAAUCGCUAGGGCUGGGAUUAGUCGAAUUUCUCUCCGUUCGUGUAUUCAAAAGAGCCGUGGAACGAAACCUAUCCUCGUUUAAAUUCCACAGCUUAGAAGGAUCAGCCUUGCGUUCAAUCGUUAUAAUAAUAAUGUUCGGGAAACGAUAUUCGAUUAGUGCUGUCCAAAAUUGAUUCGUAGUAUCCGAAUACCGAGAAAGAUAGUUAAAUACGAAACGAUUCAAAUCGUCCCAGCCCUAAUCUAAACGAGUUCUCUAAGCGAACGAUCCGUAAUCGGACGUUCCGUAACUGCACGCGAAACGAGGGUUAAGAGACGAGGAAGAAAAUAUUGCCUAAUCGGAUGAGCGAGGGAAGUUUUUCAAAUUUGUUGAUACAUUUCAUACUUUACGACUAGGAAUUAUGGCCUAUUACUAACUAUUUCGCAAAGUUUAUCGACUCGAUCGUUUUUUUCCCCCAUCUAUUCGCGUUCGAGCACGUUUCGUGAUUUAAUCGGGGUGAGGAUAUUCCCGUUCGAGGGACGAAGGGUAAAGGACGAGACUUCAGUUUCGAUUCGAUGGGACGUGCCGUAGAAUUGUACGCCGUGUAAAUAACGCUUCGACGCUCGUGUUCGAUCGUAAAACGUGUGCGAAAGAAAAGAGGCAACGAAAAAAAAAAACGGGGGAAAAAAAAGGAAUAAUAAUAAUAAACCUACCCGAUCGCCGAAGAGAACGUGAAAAAUCACACCGGUGCGAAUCCGAUAACGCGGGCAUGAAAAACGAUCGGGUCGCCACCCCCCUCCCAACCCCCCCAAUUCCCAAAAUUGUGAAACGGAAAGUGACUUUUUAGGUGAUUGGACACACUGUUUCGCGCGCUAUCGUGAAAUCGCGUUAAAGCAGGUCGCAUCGAUACAGAGUAUAGAAACUAUUUCGAACUCGACUGAGCGAUAUGUAGGAGAUAUAUACAUAUAUAUAUAUAUGUAUAUAUAUAUAUACAUAUAUAAUAUAUACCCCCAUAUUUUUCUCGAUGUUAAGCUUUUUUCUCAGAGCGCGUAACGGCGUGUAAUUGCCUGCGAGAUGGAAUACGAGCGAAUCGUUGCGAUUUCUUAAAAAAGAAAAAAAGAAACAAAAAAUUUUCGACCUAUCGUGUCGCCACGAUAGCAGGGGAGGAUCCGUGGGCUGCGAUCAUUGUUGCGCGAGUAUCGCGAGGGCGGAAGCAACCGAAUGGUCGUUGCGAAACGACAGCGAGCACCUUCUGUUUCGCAACGACCACACGCUUCAAUCGAAAUUUAAACUAAACGACGUUUUUUUUUUUUUUCUAUUAAUCCCGCAAUUCUAAGAAGCUGUCGAAGGUAAAACACUGCUACGUUUCUACAGAAACUCUCGAACGUACACCGUGUGUAGUAAUCUCGACCAAUAACCUCGAUAAUUCGCGCCGCGAGUUCAUCCGAUUCUCUUGGGAACAGUUAACGGAAGCCACGACGUUUCUAGGCGUCUUCGCGAACUUCUUUCCACCAUCGGAAUAACGAUCCAUCUGAACCCCUACAUUCCACGAGUUUCAUUUCGUCAUUCGAAGAAGAAAUUAUUUCUUGGAAUUCAAUAAAAAAGACUGUAAAUUGUCGUGGGAAUCGACUGCCAGUUGGAAUUGUACGAUAUCGAACUGAUCGCCAUUAUCGAAGCUUCCUAUUUCAACCGUACUCGACUUUGGUUGACAAAAAAAUUACUUCGAUGAAAUUUAACGACCGUUUAUAGGAAACUGUCGGUCGGCCAACGCGAUCGAUACUCGGCUCGUUGAUCUCGCCAGCGAAUCGUUUGAUCGACGGUCCUUCGACCAAAGCGACGAAAGCACACGGAUUUUAUAGAGUUCGCGUAGCAAAAGGGGAGAAGACGGAACCCGUGUAAAUAUUUCACUCUAGAGAUUUGACUAUGAACAGCGAAUCAUCCUUUUUAGUGUACAUUACUUUGUAUCAUAGCCUACGAAUCGUUUAGCUAGACACUUUCGAGAUCUCCGUGCGAAAAGCAAAGGGAAGAAGAUGAGUCGUUGUGUUUCGGGGGAUUUUUUCGUUGAUGAUCGAACCUUUCUUUCGUGCUGCCCGACAAAAUUCAAUCGAUACGAAAAUUGGGAUGUUGCGUUCAAAAUUGAUCUUGAUACUCGAGCGUGAAGAAUCUCGUUGCGCAAAGGAAACGUAACAAACACCCCGACUGCCCGCCCUUUUCUUCUGUUUCAACGUGAAACGUGUCAAUUUGUCGAAAACGAUACUCUUUCUGCGUCCAUCGUUGGUCAGAGACGUGGUACAGUUUCAAUCUAGAUGCAACAUUUCUAGGACGACGAAUCGAAACGUAAAAUAAAUGAUAAUUCGUUUAAGAUUACGACUACCGUGCGGUUCGGUUGCGAUUCGAUCCCUGAUUCCUCGCAUGUACCUGUAGCGUUAAAGAUCGGUUAGGCGCGGUAGCAACGACCGCGAAAAAAAAAACACGCAUCUCGUUCGCACAAGAUCUUCCCUUAGCGAAUCGAAUUUAGAAGAAAAAGACAGAUAGAGAGUGUGUGUGUGUGUGUGUUGAGAAUCGAACGCAACGCAAAAUCCACCCUUCGAUAUCGAUAGUGUGCCAACAAUUCCCUUUUAUCGUCUAUCGCAUUUUUUCAUUCCCUUCGACGACUUCGAAUUGAUCGGGGCUUCGAACACGUUGCAACGCGACCAUAAGCGAGUUAAUUUUAACGAUGGGGAGCCGAUCCUGAUUCGAUAUCGUUGCACCAAAUAUUUCUAUGUCUCUCGAAACACUGUCAACGAUCUACAGAAAUAAAAGAAACUUAAGUUGGAGAAUAUUUCUUAGUAAUAAACUUGAUACCACGAUUAAUCAUUUUAACGGUACUUUUUGGAUAUCUAUAUCGAAAGUAUCAAACAUCAAUUCUGUUCGAUAUCUACAUGUUGGAUACAGUUCGAUAUCAGAUUAUAAAUUAUACUGGCCGAUAUCUACGGUAUCGUUUCGACAUCGUUCCCAUCGCUAAAAAUUUCCUAUCACCGCAACUCGUGGGUGAUAACAUUAAACAGGCUCGCGGCUAUCCAACUUGGUGGAAAUGAACGGGAGAAAAAGCUUUUUACUCGCUGUGAAAAUUAUGUUAAAAAUAGAUUUACGAACAUAACAGUAGAACGAAUUCAACGGAUAGCCGCGAAUUUCCUUAAUUGUAAUAUCGAUAAGAAUGUAAGUACAAAACGAAGACAAAGAAAAAAAAAAGGAAACAUCGUGACGCAUCGCUUUCAAGUUUUCAAUAUUUCUCGAGUCGCGACAGUCGACAGUUAUUAACGCGUGCCCUUAUCAACGUCGCGUGUACCGUGCUCGCGCGAUAAAGUCUGCUUUCUCGUUUUUUCGCUUCUGUCCACCCUCUGACCCCACCCUUCGCCCUCUCUCAUCGAAUUUUGUUGCGUUUCCAACUUUCUUUUUCUUUUCUUUUUUCUUUUUUUUCUUUUUUUUUUAUUAAUCGACUUUUCUCCAACGCCCGAGAGAAUGAAUUUUACGAGACGAGACGCGUUCCUUUUCUGUCAUUCUUGAAACGGAAACGAACAGCAAGAAAAAAGAAACGAAACGACGAGACCAAAGAGAUGUUUAUUUUAAUGUUGUGUAUAUUAAUUGAGUUUAUGUCGUAUAAGUCGAUGCAUUUAUCCAUGCAUUACAUCGAGUGCUUUAAUUAUCUUUCCAUCAUUUAAAAACAAAAAACAAACGAUUAUCAUUAUUAUUAUUAUAAAUAUAUAUAUAUAUCUAUACGACAUACGUUUUUUCUUUUAGAUAAGUUUCUGUUGCGUAAUCAUCGCGAUCGAUCGGCGGAAUCUUUUAUAAUUAAGGUGUACAUUUCGUUUACUCGAUUAAUCAUCCAUCAAGCAUCAUUAUAAUAUUAACGAUUAUUACUAUUAUUAUUUAUAGUUAAUUGGUUUACGUGCUAAUUAUUAAGCAGCCAGUGCCGUUUAUUUUAUAUCUCUCGUACAGUGUAAUGUAUAUCACCGCUGUUAUCGUAUUUUAUUAAAUCUUUGCCAUAUAAUAGCUCCCAUCGUCUCACGUUCUCACCCCCUUCUCCUUUUAAUCCAUGCAUGUGAAGCGAUCGUGUCUCUCAUCUACAAAGUGUUCCAUAAGAAGUGUCGCGAAAGUAACAGACCAUGGUAUCCAUUCUUCGUUGAAUGUCUUGCAAGUUCGCACCACAGAAUUUCCACUAAAACUUCUUUUACUGCACACAUCAACCCUAACGCCAAUACAUCCCUUUCGCUUCCUCCUUUAAUUUUUCAGUUGCACGACGACAAAGUAUUCAAUUUGCGGCCCUUAAGGAGGCUCUGCAUCGUGCCAGACUUAUUUCAUUUCUAAGUAAGGUUCUUGCAACGAACCAAAAAAGAAUCGAGGUAUAAAAAGAAGAAAUAAAUAAUUCGGCCGCGGCGAGGCGGUGCAUUCGUUUUCGAAAACGUGAACGCACGUCGUUUCAAAGCCCCGUAAAUAAAUCGUGUUGUCGCUUUUGCAAUCCAUUAAACGCACUCGAGCAGCCGCGUCUUCUCGCGGACUCUAUCCGUGCUAUCCCCGUACGAGAACUAACGAGCAACAACGCACGCUUUACGCUAACAAUCCAGGGAUGGACAAAAUUAAGAGACGCUAGAAGAUAAACGACUCUCUAUCUGCUACUCGACGAAUAAAAAUUAGAAUUCGAAUUAUAGAACGUUACAUCACGAAUGAACUUAUCCGAGUACCUCUUCUUUUCAUUCAUCUUUCAUUCGGAGCAAAUUUUGCCCAUCUCUGUAGCAAUCCUCCAGGUGGUUGCUUUCGGAUAGAGGAACUUCGAUUUCCAAGCGACACCUGAGAGGGGAGGGUGUUCUCUUCGUGUUUCUUUUCCUCUCGAAGAUGCAACUACUUUCCGUUCAGGCGACGCGAUCAUUCUCGGACGAUCUUCGGCGUGUCGACGAUUGAUUUUUCCGAUAAACGUGUAAACUCAUUCGGGGCAAGCUCUUCCAGACCUUGCAGCACCUGAACGAAGCUUAACUCUAUUUUAGGACUUCGUUCGCGCGCGAAACCGCUGCAAGGCCUAGAAAACACGUCGCUUCUUCCGUUACUCGUUAUCUCGUCAACGAGUUUCGUCGUAACCGGAAGUAGUCGACUUCGGGAAUAAGGUCGACCGUCUCUAUUCACCCUCGGGGGUAAUAAAAUAGAUUAUUUCACAUAGCACACAGUUCAAUAAACUGUAACAAAAGCAAUGAAAGAAAAUAAUGCUAUUUUUAUAUGUUGCAUCGUCUGCCGUGGUGACCUAUAGUUAUACGAAAUGUACUCGCGUUACGUUUCGUUUGUUCGUGAAUCGUUAUGGGCCAUUUCGUCUCACGUCGUUUGAAAGUUUUUUUUUCUUUUCUCUCGAAUGUUUCAACCCGAUCACGUUACGUGAAUAAUCGUACACAAGGAUAUUCGCCGAGGAACUGUUUCUUUGAGCCUGACCGAUAUCCGAGUCGUUCGACCGAAGGAUAUCGUUGUGGUAUUUUUUUGUUAUCUUUCAAAGAAGUUACUAUACGUUCGAGUGGUGUCGUCAGGAAAUUGUGAGAAGCAUUCUCGUAUAAUUUGACGAUGGAUGUCCCAAUAAUAAUUAAUAUCAUCAACAUUAGCAGCUUAGAAGUAAACGACGAGAAAUAUUUCUGAACAUGAUCCAAAGGAUGCUCUUGCUCACAAUUGAUCUAGAUUACUACAUUAAGAUUUACUAUUAUUGUAUUAUUAUUACUAUAUCUACAUUCCUUUUAAGAAUCUACCACUAUUACUUUACGAAACCAUCUGUAAAUAAGUAUUUUGUAUUCCUGCAAGAAUAAAAUUAAGAAUCAUUA